AGUUUCUCAGUAGACUGCGUCGAGUAAAUUCCUCGGCAGCCUGCCUUGUGCUAUGUUGUAAAGGUGGCUUUGUAAGGGAUUUUUUUUUGGGGGGGGGAAAUAAGGGACCUCUUAUCCAUCAUACAAUCUGGCUCUGGGUGCUCAAAGGAGCUGGGGCUGUAUCUCAACGAGGCCAUCCCACCCAGUGGCCGGGAACACACAGCAGAGGGAGCUUCUGAGAGCAGGAGAGGGAGAGAGAGAGAGAGAGUUGGUGGACAGAGUUGGUGAUUUCUUUCAUUAGACUUGGCCAGACAGGAGUCACUGGAGUCACAGUCUCUCUCUCUCUCUCUCUCUCUCUAUCUAUAUAUAUAUCUUUCUAUCUCUCUCUCUGUGCCUCUAAACCUGGACUGGCUUUAUGCAGCUCGAGUCGACCCUUCAUUGCAAGUCUGGGGACUGUGAGCACAAGAACAGUGAACAUGAAGGUCUCAUCAUCACCUCCCAAUGCAUAAGAAAUCAGUCAGGCCAGUGGCAGCAGAGAGAGGAGUGUGUGCCACAGUGAGCGUCACCUGGAAUGACAGCCUGGGUCUUCCUCCCAGUCAGUCUGCCUGUCUCCACAAUCACAGCGCUGUGGGUCGUAUACGCUGUGGCAGUGCGCAACCACCAUGUGUGCCCUGUGGAUAACUGGACCUACAAUGACUCGUGUGAUGACGAACUGGUCCAAGGUCCUCCUAAAACAUGCUGUACCUUAGAGGAUAUCCCCUUGGUCAGCAAGUGUGGAACAUUCCCUCCUGAGAGCUGCCUCUUCAGUCUGAUCUGCAGUGUGGGAUCCUUCAUGGUCAUGUUGGUGGGCCUGCUACGCUAUGCCCAGGUGAAGGAGAGGCACCACAGGUCCUUACUGAACACGGCAGCACUAGUUACUGGCUGGAUCUGUGCAGCGGGCCUCAUGGUAGUGGGAAACUUCCAGGUGGACAACGCUAAGAUCCUUCACUACGUUGGGGCAGGAGUGGGAUUUCCCAGCAGUUUGUUCUUCAUCUGUUUCCAGACUGUACUGACUUACAGAUUAGCGAAAACCUCGCUGGACUACCAAAUAGGCCGGUGCAGGGCAUCUCUCACCAUUUCAGCUUUCAUCACCCUCGUCCUCAGUGGAGUGUUCUUCGUUCAAGAGAGCGCUCGGCUCCAGCACGCGGCUGCUAUCUGCGAGUGGGUAUUCACCAUCGUCAUCCUGGUUUUCUACGGCACCUUUGCCGUGGAGUUCGGCUCCAUCACUGAAAGCACAUUCCUGGAGAUGCUCAAGCCACAGACCAAGAGGACCUGCAAAGGAGACAGCAGCCGCGUCAACCCCAAUCAAGAGGCCGUCGUGAUGAUCUAGCUCUCGAGAUCUCCUGAGUCCAGUUUGAACUGUUGCAGCCUCAUGUAACGCAGCCUUAACAUAUUCAACGAUCCAAAUAACUGGGGUAUUGGCUCCUCAUUGGCACCAAAACCCAACAAUUCAAUACCUCGGGAGGGUGGGAUGGGGCGGAUGGGAUAGGACUGAUUGCGGAUGAGGGAGAAAGGGUUAUACAGAAUUGAAGCAAACUGUCAGAAAGAAAGCCAUUCCAUUAUUUUUCCCCUUUGUACAUUUUUGUUUGUAUGUGUGAAAUGUUCACUUUAUACAGGAUGCCUUUUUUAUACAUACAUAUAUAUAUAUAUACAUACA